AUGGCUGGUAAGGGCUAUAUCAGUUCGAUUGUGGAGUAUGAUUUGUCGGAAGAUUGGGAGUUAUGGCAAGAGAGAUUGGAACAGUUUUUCACGGCUAAUGAUGUUGAAGAGGAAAAGAAGAGAGUUAUGUACGCUUAUAAACCUGCCAGUAAAGACUAUGCAGUGCUUACUGACAUUUUGAAAAAACAUCUCAAACCGGAGCCUAGUGAGAUAAGCGAGCGUUAUACAUUCAAAAAAUGUCGACAAAAAGAGGGCGACGACAUUAAAUCAUUUGUUGCUAAUUUGAAAAAGCUUUCUAUGAAUUUUUUGUUGGCUCAAUCUACAGAAAUGGCGACACGUGAUGCUGAAGGGAUGGGAGAAUCAACGGAGAUGGCAUAUUCAACGGCGGUCAACUAUGUAUCAGAUAAGAAGAACAAGAAUUUGAAUCAAAAUGAUAAGACGAGUGAUCAACAGGAUAAUUUUGAACAAGAAUUUAAUAAUCUUUAUCACUUAUCUGAAGAUGAAAAUAAGACAAAAAUUAAACCUCUAGAGAUCAAGGUGACUGUUGAAAAUGUUAAAAUCAUGUUUGAAAUUGAUACCGGGUCACCUAUUACGGCAAUGUCGAGUACUUAUUUUUUUGGUAGAAGGGAAUUGAAGUGUUUAAGAAUGUAUGAAUCGAAUCGAAUUUUCAAAAGUUACUCUGGCGAUACUAUUGUUCCGAUUGGUUUAGUUAAAGUUGACGUGUUAUUUGCAAACAUAAAUUGUAAAUUAUUAUUGUAUGUUUUACCGGGUAAUAGUAAACCGAUUUUGGGUAGAGGUUGGUUAGAUGCGUUAGGUAUUAUUAAAAAUUUCGAAUGUAAAUUGAAUGAAAUUAAAGUAAUCAGUGAAUGUGAGAGUAGAUAUUUAGCAAUUGUUAAAGAGUUUAAAAAUGUUUUCACUGAUAAAUUAGGCACAUAUAAUAGGAGAACGUUCAAAUUAGAAUUGAAACCAAACGUUACACCGAAGUUUUGUAAACCGAGACCAGUAGCGUAUGCGUUGCGAGAGAAAGUUGAAGCGGAAAUAGAUAGGUUAAUUAAGUCGGGUGUUGCGGAAAAAGUUGAGUCGAGUGAAUGGGCGACACCAAUGGUACCGAUUAUGAAAUCUAAUGGUCAAGUAAGAAUUUGUGGGAACUAUAAAAUUACUUUAAAUAAACAUUUAAUUGUAAAUAGACAUCCUAUUCCAAGAACACAAGAUUUAUUAGCAAUGCUUACAGGAGGUACGAUUUUUACAAGACUUGAUUUAAUGAAUGCUUAUCAACAAUUCUUACUCGAUGAUGAAUCUCAAAAAUUGACAACUAUUACUACGCAUAAAGGGCUGAUUAGAUACAAAAGACUCGUUUUUGGUGUGGCUACGGCACCUGGAAUUUUUCAAGGAGAAAUUGAAGAAUUAUUGAAGGGUAUUCUUGGAGUGUUGAAAUUUUUUGAUGAUAUUUUGAUUACUGGAAAAGAUGUUCACGAGCAUGACACGCGAUUAAGAGAAGUUUUAUUACGUUUUAAUGAAGUUGGUUUGACUGUCAGGAAAGAAAAAUGUGAUUUUGCAAAAUCAGAAAUUGAUUUUUUAGGCUAUACGAUUGAUGCGGAAGGCAUUCACGUUUCAGAAAAGAAAAUUGUAGCAAUCAAAAAAGUAGAGAUACUAAAGAACGUCAAAGAAUUACAAGUUUUCUUAGGUAUGAUGAAUUAUCAUUCAAAAUUUAUAGAAAAUUAUGCAUUCAUUGUUAGCCUACUAGAUAGGUUACUGCGACAAGAUUUUCGUUGGAAAUGGACUCAGGAUUAUCAUGAAGCCUUUGAGAAAGCUAAGGCGAGUUUGAGUUCCGAUCAAGUUUUAAUACAUUAUGACACAAGGUUACCUAUCAAAAUCACCGUUGAUGCAGGCCCUGAGGAUAUUGGAGCGGAAGCGUCGCAUAUUUUUCCUGAUGGUAACUGUAGACCAUUUGCAUUUGCAUCAAGACCACUUAUACAAGCAGAACGUAAUUACUCGUAG